AUGUAUAAUGGGAUAGGCUUACCAACUCCUCGAGGCAGUGGGACGAAUGGAUAUGUUCAGAAGAAUUUGGCCUUCAUUAGUAAUUUCAAAGAGCAAAACCCUUACAAAACAGAGGAAGAUAUCAAGAGAGCAGAUGCUCUGCUGUUCAAGGAACCAAAUAAAGAAAUACUAGAGCAUGAACGGAAACGAAAAAUUGAAGUGAAAUGUUUUGAGAUGGAACAAGAAAUGGAGGAACAAGGUUACACGCAGAGCGAAAUCGAAUUUAGGGUCAAUGGGUUUCGCAAAAAGUUGCUGGAUGAGUUAAAGGCCUCCGAAAUAAAAAAGACUCCCAAUGUGGAGCCAUUCGAAAUCUCUCAGUCUGAACACGGUAAAUUGCUACCAAAAGGGACCCAUGAAAAUGCUGCUGUAAAUAUCCUUAAAAACACAAUUUUCAAAGAGGCCCUGGGAAUCGGGGAACAAUUUCAAGAUGGGAAUUCCGUAGAGUUGGCUGUUCAGCGAAAAAAAGAUGACGCGGAAACGAAGCGUCUAGUCGAGGCGCAAAAGGAGAUGAAGCUAUUUACAAAUGUGAAACAGUCAUUUCAAUAUUGGGAUUUAAGUUUCGCGCUUCAGUACACGAAGAAACAACCAAGCGACAGUUAG